UCGUGACUUCGAUACUCGUUCUGACCGUGUGAAAAAUCCCAACUUUUUUGAUUAUUUUUCUCCACACACUGUCAAGUCGAGGCGAUUACAUUAUUCCAUAAACUUUGUCAACAUGUUGGUCAAACAAAUUGCAUCCCAAGCCCUUUUGUUGAGAAAUGCUGGUGCAUUGUCUCGUGCUGCCUACCAUGCCGGUGGACACCACAAGGUCACAACAAUGAACGACUUACCAGUCCCUGAGGGAGAUUGGCAAGAACAUCAUUCUCGUCAGAAUUCCAAAUACAACGCUGUUCUGCUUACUGGAAUUUUGGUUUUGGGUGGUACUAUUGGAUUUGCCAAAUCAUCAGGAAUCAUCUUCUUGAACUCAAAACCACCAAAGACCUACGAAUAAACAACACACCAUUUCCAGGAGAAGAAUGUAGCAAGUUGUUAAAUAGUAAAAUAAAUGUUUUGCAAUUAAGCUAAUUGUAAA